UGCAAUAUAUUAGAGCAAUUUCUUGCAGAAACAAAAAAGUGGAAAUUUCUUGUCGCUCAUUCGGAACAAGAAGAUUAACAAUGGAGGAAGAACUUCAGACACCUAGAAGAAGAGAUCGUCAUAUUGUUCAGUUCAUGAAUAGGAAGCAUAUUCUAUUAUGGGCCACGAUAGGCAUUGCCUUUGUGCUAUUCCUAGCCCUUUUGUCCCAGAGCCUCAGAAAUGACUCAGAACUCUCCAAAGAUAUCAACAAGCAGAUCAGAAACUUAUCAUUAUUAUACUCUGGAAAAUUGGAUGAACUCAAAACAGAAAUUGCUAACGAUAUCAAACAAGUGUUUGGAGGUGUAAGCACUUUCAAAGCUGAUUUGGCAAAGAACUGCAGUUUGAGUCCUUCUGUGUUAGAAACACUGGCAGAGCUCAAAAGAGAAAAUGCUAGAAUUGCCGAAGAUGUGAUGCAGAUCCUGGGCGCAGUACGUAACGUCACGGAGGUACUCUGUAGAACCUGUCCAGCUCAUUGGCUGCACUUUCAGAACAGCUGCUACUUCUUUUCUUUUGCAAGCAAACCCUGGAAGAUAGCUCAGCAGUCUUGUGAAAAUGAAGGUGCUCACCUGGUUAUUGUGAACCAUUGGUUAGAACAGAACUUUUUGGUAAAACUUAUGCAAAAUGAGCAGGUGUUUUGGAUAGGCUUGAGUGAUGCUGACAAGGAAAACCAGUGGAUCUGGGUGGAUAAUACAACUUUAUCAUUGUCCUUUUGGGGGAAAGGCGAACCCAAUAACGCUGGAUCGGAUGAGGACUGUGCUACCCUGCGCUUCUCUGGGAAAUGGAAUGAUGUCGCCUGCUCUGUAAAUGAACACUGGAUCUGUGAAAAGAAAUGCUAGCCAUGCUCCUGUCCGCAGCAGCCCUUUGCACGCUUGAAAGAACCACUGCUAUUAUAUUAGCCUGGAGGUCUCCAGAGUCAUGUUCAUAUGACCAUUUUUAAAAAGGCUUAAAGCUGAGGACUUUGCAGCUCCUCCUCCUCCUCCUUCUCCCCCCGUAGCUUUUGUGUACUCUCAUCUUGAAUAUUGACUGCAUCUUUUGCAUUUCUCUCGAGGUUCACAAACACACUGAGUCAUAGAGAAACAACUGCACGCAAACAGGUCUUCCUUCCUUCAAAGCAAGGGAGCAACUGCUGCUUGCUUGAACUUUAUUUAAAUUGUAUCUGCGAUCAUGCUUGCUACUGUGUCCCAAGGGAAUUGAAUGCGCUGCUUGUACAUGACUGCUCUGGGGAUAUUUGCUACUUAACAUGAAAAGUUGGAAUAUGUUUUUAUGCUAUUAUGAUUUUGUUAUCUGGGGGUGGGAUGCUCAGACUUCCACAUAUAGGUGAGCAGUGUUGCUUUCAUCCUGAUGAAGUAACAGGUGGACAAAAAUAAGCUGUUGGAGGUAAAACCACAGAAAACACUUACUCCUAAAGAUUGUGUGUCUCUUCUCUCUGCUUCCCACCUCAGCCUCUGCUGCAGUUAAGUAGCAGCUUCAUUCAAGAAAAACUAUUUUUAAUCAGUAUUUAUCCACAAUAUUUGCAAAUCAAAUAUCUUGACAUUAGCUGCUGAAACUGUGCUUGUUUUCAAUUACGCUCAAUCAAGUUUCACAGGCAACUCUCCUCUGAAUUAUUUUUUGUUUUACUCAGAAAAUAUGUACAAGGGUAUAAACCAAUAAAUCAAUUAAAACAGAGAAUGCAUGUUGGUGAGCAAUCAUUAAUGAAUAAAUGACAGAUUUUAUCGCAAGAAGGAAGCA